AUGGCUCAACCGUCGCCUUUCCUCGAGCCAGGUUCCACCACUUCUUCUGGUGACCUGGCGAUCGUUCUUCUCUCACGCGACAACCUUGAACCCGUUACCCUCGAGGAGUCGACUGGCGCAGUUGAUGGCUACCUCGAAGGCGCAACCCUCAACACACGAUUCGGAUCUUUUCCUCACUCGACGUUACUCAAUAUCCCUUGGGGAUCUCAAGUCCGCGCAUCAAAUGUUGAUACUGGAUCAAGAGGACGAAAGCGCCGCCGUGAAGUGACUGACGACGACACACCAACAACGACUGGCCCUGAUGAAGAGGUUACUAGUGUCAAAUCUAAGCCUGCGAAAAAGGCUGUCGUAGCAGCAAGUGGCUUUAUUCAUAUUCUUCGACCGACCCCCGAACUUUGGACGAGCAGUCUCCCCCAUCGAACCCAGGUUGUUUAUACACCCGAUUACAGCUACAUCCUACAGAGGAUACGAGCAAUUCCCGGUACUCGCAUUAUCGAAGCAGGCGCCGGUAGUGGUAGUUUUACACACGCUUCUGCGCGAGCUGUAUACAACGGGUACCCCAAGGAUGGCAACGACCGAAAAGGAAAGGUCUUCAGUUUCGAAUACCAUGAGCCGCGAUAUCAGAAGAUGCAAGAAGAGAUCCACGAGCAUAAACUGGACGGUGUUGUUCAGCUGUCACACCGCGAUGUUUAUGGAGAGGGUUUCAACGUGGACGGGAAAUCUCCCCUGGCUACGGCAAUCUUCCUCGAUCUACCAGCGCCAUGGGAAGCCCUUCACCAUCUGUCCCGACAAAGACCCGAGAAGCUGAAGGACGAAGAGAACUGGGUCUCGCCCCUUGAUCCUAAGAGGAGCGUUCACAUCUGUACCUUCUCACCAUGUAUAGAGCAGGUUACCCGGACCAUUGAAGAGCUCCGGCUCCUAGGCUGGACAGAUAUCGAUAUGGUCGAAAUAUCCGCUCGACGAAUCAACACUGUCCGUGAGCGAGUGGGCGCGAAUCUCCCUGCUGAAAGAGGAAACAUUCAGGCACCAGCAGACGUGAAGGAAGCUAUGCAAAGACUAAAGGAAAUCAACCAAAAGACUAAGGAAUUUCAUAAGGUCGCUUUCAAGUCAACAAAUACUGAAGAUGACUCUUCAGCAAUGGACAUCGAUACACCAAAGUCAAACUCAUCCAAGCCCAACGGAAAGGCCACCGAAGAUGAUUUCAAGCCUUGGAUGAACGGAAAUCUCUAUCACAGACCGGAGACGGAUCUUAAGACCCACACGUCAUACCUCACAUUUGCUGUCCUGCCUAGAGAAUGGACGGAGGAGGAUGAAGCAGCUGCUUUCGCGAAGUGGCCAUGCGGGAAAGAGGGUGGAGUGAUUGGAAGCCUCAACAAGCAGGCUCGCAAACAGCAGACACGGGAGAAGCUUGAGGCAAGGAAGAGGCAGAAGCAGGAGAAAGAUACCCAGAAAGAGGGACUGGCCGAAGAGACGGCCGAAGCGCAAUAA